AUGGCACGUUUAGCAAACUCGCUGAUUCGGGCUGCAAGAGUUGAACACCCAUACCUCCCACUUCUCUUACAGGCAUGUCGCGAUUUGUCGGCAGCUCGGGAUGAGUUACGACAGCUCCGCGAGUACUUGGCCGACCAGCGUAGGAUCUCUCAAGUGCAAGUCCGAGGAAGGAAACGGCGAGUCCAGUCCAAGGAUCAGCUGAAACCUCGAAGGCGCCGCUUAGCAGCUCGCAGCUCGGUUAGACCUCAGCGUCUUCUCGAUCUUUGCCGACAACGAGCUCUAGGCAAACCUCUACCAUAUAUUCGAGGCAGCCAACCCUUUGGAAGUCUAGAGAUCCUAUGCGAGAAACGGGUUCUCAUACCAAGGCAAACAACGGCAAAUUACACACUCAGAAUUGCGGAGCUGUUAACGCGCCGUUUGGAACAUGUGAAGGCUCAGUUACCAGAUGACAAGAGCACUUUCUCCGUCCUCGACCUUUGCACGGGCUCAGGAUGCAUUCCGCUCCUGCUCCAUGCCCUUCUAGCGCCGCAUUUUCCACACUUGAGAAUCAUAGGGAUGGAACUUUCUGAACACGCCCUGAAGCUUGCGAAGAAGAAUCUGGCCUGGAAUUUGCGUUUGGGAAAUCUUGGAGCUCGAGCGGCGAAUGAAGUCACAUUUAUGAAGCACAACAUACUGGACAAGUUCCCGGCCGAGCUUGGAGAGUUUGACCUGGUGAUAUCCAACCCUCCGUACGCCACACCCCAAGAGUAUCACUCCUCAGCGAUAUCCAAGUCCGUGCGAUGCUAUGAGCCGGUCGAAGCUCUAGUACCCGACGAGAAUCCGGAUCCAGAUAGUGUGUCAGGACACACCUAUUUCACUGCGAUCGAUUCGAUUGCCCGCAGCACUCGUGCCAAAGCAGUUAUUUGUGAGAUGGGGCUCGAAGAGCAGUUUGCACAUGUAUGCAGCGAACUCAGUGUUUCACCGUAUUGGUGCAAAGUGGAAGUCUGGCGUGAUCAGGUCUAUUCAGGUCUUCUUGGGGGAGAGCCACAAAGACAGCGAGUUAUACUCGACGACGCCCGUGGCCUGAAAGUGGAGUCCGACGCACUAGGUAUCGGCCUUUACCGCGUGGCUGUUGGCAUCAAUGAAGAUUGGAAAUGGCUCAACGAAUUGCCAGAUUCUAUCCGGGGAUAA